UCAAGGAAGAGACGCGGUUCCCAGAGAAUACUUUGGCUCGAUUUCUCGGGUGCAAUGAUAAGUGAUCCAACCGUGAUUUAACAGCUCCCCCAAACUUUUCAAAACACACACAACACGCGCGCGCACUUUCGUUUCAAGGAAUAUUGGGUCUUCCGGGCGGCCGUAGACGUCGGACGAGGGCGCCUGCGCGAAAGAGCAGCGGCUUGCAGUCAGGCUGGAGCAGGGAGAACCGUGGUGGUGACGCUCGGCCUCGCCAUGAAGACCCGCUUCAGCACGGUUGACCUGCGCGCCGUACUUGCUGAGCUGAACGCCAGCUUGCUGGGAAUGAGAGUUAACAAUGUUUAUGACGUGGAUAAUAAGACAUAUCUUAUUCGACUUCAAAAGCCAGAUUUUAAAGCUACACUUUUACUUGAAUCUGGUAUACGAAUUCACACAACAGAAUUUGAGUGGCCCAAGAACAUGAUGCCAUCUAGUUUUGCCAUGAAGUGCCGAAAGCAUUUGAAGAGUCGAAGAUUAGUCAGCGCAAAACAGCUUGGUAUGGAUAGAAUUGUAGAUUUCCAAUUUGGAAGUGAUGAAGCUGCUUAUCACUUAAUCAUUGAGCUUUAUGAUAGGGGAAACAUUGUUCUAACAGAUUAUGAGUACUUAAUUUUAAAUAUCCUAAGGUUUCGAACUGAUGAGACAGAUGAUGUUAAAUUUGCUGUUCGUGAACGCUAUCCACUUGAUCAUGCUCGAGCUGCUGAACCUUUGCUUACUUUGGACAGAUUGACUGAAGUAAUAGCUAGUGCUCCUAAAGGUGAAUUACUGAAGAGAGUUCUUAACCCUUUACUUCCCUAUGGCCCUGCUCUUAUUGAGCACUGUCUCAUAGAAAAUGGAUUUUCUGGCAAUGUCAAAGUGGAUGAAAAACUUGGAAGUAAAGAUAUUGAAAAAGUAUUGAUUUGUCUGCAGAAGGCAGAAGACUAUAUGAAGAAAACAUGCAACUUCAAUGGAAAGGGCUAUAUAAUUCAGAAAAAAGAAGUAAAACCAACCCUGGAUGCAGAUAAACCAGUUGAAAAUAUACUCACGUAUGAGGAAUUUCAUCCUUUCUUGUUUUCUCAACAUUCACAAUGUCCAUAUAUAGAAUUUGAAUCAUUUGACAAGGCUGUGGAUGAAUUUUAUUCGAAGAUAGAAGGUCAGAAAAUUGAUUUAAAAGCUUUACAACAGGAAAAACAAGCACUGAAGAAAUUGGAUAAUGUCCGAAAGGAUCACGAAAACAGAUUAGAAGCUCUUCAGCAGGCUCAGGAAAUAGACAAAAUGAAAGGAGAGCUUAUAGAAAUGAACCUACAGAUAGUUGACAGAGCCAUUCAAGUAGUUCGUAGUGCUCUGGCCAACCAGAUAAAUUGGACAGAAAUUGGAGUCAUUGUGAAAGAAGCCCAAGCUCAAGGAGAUCCUGUUGCAAAUGCGAUCAAAGAAUUAAAACUACAAACAAACCAUGUUACAAUGCUGCUAAGAAAUCCAUACUUGUUAUCAGAGGAGGAAGAUGACGAUGGUGAUGCCAGUGUUGAGAAAAGUGAAGCUGAACCACCAAAGGGAAAAAAGAAAAAGCAAAAGAAUAGACAGUUGCAGAAGCCUCUGAAAAAUAAGCCAUUGCUUGUUGAUGUUGAUCUAAGCCUGUCAGCCUAUGCCAAUGCCAAAAAAUAUUAUGAUCACAAGAGAUAUGCUGCGAAAAAAACUCAGAAGACUGUUGAAGCUGCUGAGAAGGCAUUCAAGUCAGCAGAAAAGAAAACAAAGCAAACCUUAAAAGAAGUACAAACCGUUACCUCUAUUCAAAAAGCAAGAAAAGUGUAUUGGUUUGAGAAAUUUCUGUGGUUCAUUAGCUCAGAAAACUAUCUAAUUAUAGGUGGGCGAGAUCAGCAACAGAAUGAGAUAAUUGUGAAAAGAUACUUGACACCAGGAGACAUAUAUGUGCAUGCUGAUCUUCAUGGAGCUACCAGCUGUGUAAUUAAGAAUCCAACAGGAGAACCCAUCCCUCCACGGACAUUGACUGAGGCCGGCACGAUGGCACUUUGUUACAGUGCUGCUUGGGAUGCACGAGUUAUCACUAGUGCUUGGUGGGUGUACCAUCAUCAGGUAUCAAAAACAGCACCAACUGGAGAAUAUUUGACAACAGGAAGCUUCAUGAUAAGAGGAAAAAAGAAUUUCCUGCCACCCUCGUAUCUAAUGAUGGGGUUUAGCUUCCUCUUUAAGGUAGAUGAAUCAUGCAUUUGGAGACAUCGGGGUGAACGAAAAGUCAGAGUGCAGGAUGAAGACAUGGAAACACUGGCAAGUUGCUCAAGUGAGCUCAUGUCAGAAGAAAUGGAACAACUAGGAGAUGAUACCAGCAGUGAAGAUGAUAAAGAGGAAUUACAUGAUGCUCCUAUAGAAUUAGGACUUGUAACUCAGGUUCACCAAGAGGAUGUUGCUGUUCAGUUUGGUGGUGAUGAACUAACUGAGGAAUUAAUUCAGGAAGAAAGCUCUGAAGAUGAAGGAGAAUCUGAAGAUGUUUUAAAAGAUCAGGAACCUAUUGGUGAAUUGAAAGAUGGAGAAGAGACAUUAGAAUAUCCUGAUACUACCAUUGACUUGUCCCACCUUCAAUCCCAAAGGUCCCUCCAGAAAUUGGCUUUAAAAGAAGAAUCUUCUAAUUCAAAUGACAGUAAAGUACAGAGCCGGAGACAUUUGUCAGCCAAGGAAAGAAGAGAAAUGAAGAAGAAAAAACUUCCAAAUGACUCAGGGGAUUUAGAAGUGAUCGAAGAAAAGGACAAAGAAAGUGCUGUGCACACUGAAACUCAUCAGACCACAGGCAAAAGUGCUGUAACUGUGCAGACGAUGAAGCGAGGACAAAAGAGUAAAAUGAAAAAAAUGAAGGAAAAAUAUAAAGACCAAGAUGAGGAAGAUCGUGAACUAAUUAUGAAAUUGCUGGGAUCUGCAGGUUCAAACAAGGAAGAAAAAGGGAAGAAGGGAAAGAAAGGAAAAUCAAAGGAUGAACCUAUGAAGAAACAGCUCCAGAAACCCCGAGGUGGACAGAGUGUUUCAGACAGUAUUAAGAAAGAAACUCCAUCCCUUCAAGUUUUAACUCAUGAAUUACAAGAAUUAGCUAUAGAUGAUCCACAUGAUGACAAGGAAGAGCAAGAUCUGGAUCAACAGGGAAAUGAGGAAAAUCUGUUUGAUUCUUUAACAGGCCAGCCACAUCCUGAAGAUGUACUAAUGUUUGCCAUUCCAAUAUGUGCCCCUUACACCACCAUGACAAACUAUAAAUAUAAAGUGAAACUCACUCCAGGAGUUCAGAAAAAGGGAAAAGCUGCAAAAACAGCCUUGAAUAGUUUCAUGCACUCCAAAGAAGCAACAGCAAGAGAAAAAGACUUAUUCCGCAGUGUCAAGGACACAGAUUUAUCAAGAAACAUUCCCGGCAAAGUCAAAGUCUCUGCACCUAAUCUUCUGAAUGUAAAGAGAAAAUAGCUGAAAUGAACUUCUGAGAAGAUUCAAUUUUAUAUAACCUUUUGGAAUGGAAACACCAUGUCAACAGGACUUCCAUAUUUGAAAAUAAACUACACAUUGCCUUGCUACAUUCACCAAAA